AAUACGAGUCAAAGUGAUAUAUUUCCCCCCUCCAAAGAAUUAUACGUCUGUCUUUUAGCACGCUGUAAGGGCUACAAAACACUGGGUUGUGAAACUGUAACUAGAGGCACGCCAUACAGGGUCGGUCAUGUGAAUCAUUGUUCUUUGUUCGGGUAUCAGGGACCGGCUGAUCCGACACCGAGCUUUGUCAGACAGGCCGAAAGAUCAGUCAGCAGAAACAAGAAAAAUCUAAUCUAACACCACAUUUGACUUUCAUUUCGUUCCUCCAAUUCCUCCAGCACACGUCGGGCGUUAAGCCUCUACCCAAGGCCAUCCUCAAGACCAAGCAGCAAUGCCACAGCCAAAUUUACAGGGCCUCAACGUUGUCCACGCUGCCCCGCCAGCUGCCCCUGUCUCUGACGCGCAAGAUUUACUAUCAGCGCCCCCCUUUUCUGAUUUCACAGCCCAGCUUGAUCUAUGGACUAACCUCGCUUUCGAAUCUGAUGAGCCUCUGGACUAUUCAAGUGCUGGAAAAGGAAAGAGAAAAUUAUCGGCGUCGCAGGAGGAGCAAGAGUUGGAGGAGGAAGAUCCAGCGGGUCUUGCAUCACACGACGGCCAUGAAAACGUCGUACACCCGCAAGGCGCCCCUGCGUCCCAAUUUGACCUAAAUGCUCUGCUCUCUGGGUUUGGUAUCGACCCUUACCUUUUGCCUUCGGCGCAACUCAAUACCCAAUCGCAACCAGCACCGCCACAGUCGCACCCACAGUCAGCUACUGCUCCUACUCUUGCUCAGUUACUCGCUUUACAUGCCGCUCAGACUAAUGCAUACCCACUGAUUCAGCAGCAGCUCCCCUCUGGGGAUAGUACUGCGGCUGCUCACCCACCACACCCUGUUCCCGCUGCUCCACCUACCAAGCGUGCUCGCACACGCAAAAACUCGGUGUCAUUCCUAGAUAACUCUGAACCUGCUUCCCCUGAGGCAUCAACUACGGGGGCAUACACGGAUGGUUCUUCAAGCGGCGCAGCACCGAUGUCAGCAUCGGAGGACAAGCGCCGUAGGAACACCGCCGCAUCUGCGCGCUUUAGAUUGAAGAAGAAGGAGAGAGAGGCUGCCUUGGAGCAGCGCGCAAAAGAGCUGGAAGGUCGUGUUUCAGAGCUAGAGAGAGAAUGCGAGGGACUCAGGAGGGAGAACGGUUGGUUGAAGGGUCUCGUCGUAGGAGUUACAGGAGCUGGCGCACAGCAACAGCAACAACCGGUGAGGCGGCGUGAGGACGGUGAUGCUGGAGUUACAGGAAAGUAAAGGAGCUGGCAUGGACAUGACUACGUAUUUUUGGGAUCAAGGGUAUUUCUCGAUUUAUCUGACUACCUCUUUCUUGAUAUCAUCAAAAUGCCGAAUUCAUUCGUCAUAGCAUUGGCUGUAUAUGUAGCGUAGCUGUCUCUUGUUCCAUGUUUAUGCGAUUUUUCUAUAUAUUCUUCUCUUUUCAUGCGUACUGCAGUACACCAUUCUCUUUUUUUACUUUCACAUCCAUCCGGUAGCAUUGAUCCAAAGUCUUUACAAGUGCUUCCUGUAUUUACCAUAUUUGGUAAGUUGUAUACUGUGGGAAUAUUUGAUUUUCUUUGAUUUU